AUGGGCUCUGCGGCACAGUCUCCCCGCGUCCCGCCCGCUGGCGUCUGGGUACCAAGUAUCACGUACUUUGACAAUGCCAGCGACACCAUCGACUUUGACGCCCAGAAAGCGCACUUCAAAUAUCUCGCCUCCACCGGUCUCACCGGCCUCGUCAUCAUCGGCACCAACUCUGAGUCCUUCCUGCUCACCCGCGAGGAGCGCCGCCAGCUCAUCGCCGCCGCUCGCGAGACCGUCGGGCCUGGCUAUCCCCUCAUGGCCGGCGUCGGCGCUCACUCGACCAAGCAGGUCAUCGAGCUGGCCGACGACGCCCACAAGGCCGGCGCAGACUACCUGCUCGUCCUACCACCGGCCUACUUUGGCAAGGCGACGAACAUGAACGUCGUCAAGCGCUUCUUCGCCGAGCUCUCUAGCAAGGUGGCGCUGCCCAUUGUGAUUUACAACUUUCCGGCUGUCACGAAUGGCGUCGACAUUGACUCGGAAACCAUCACCGCCAUUGUCCGCCAGAGCGCUGCCAAGAGUCCCGACGGCAAGUCCAAGGUCGUCGGCGUCAAGCUGACCUGCGGAUCCGUGGGCAAGAUCUCACGCCUCAGCGCCGAACACAAGCCAGAAGACUUUGCCAUCUUUGGAGGCCAGUCAGACUUUCUCAUCGGCGGACUCGCGGCGGGCAGCUCAGGCUGCAUCGCUGGCUUUGGCAACGUCUUUCCCCGUCUGACGCUUCGGAUUUAUCAGCUGUGGAAGGAGGGUAUGCACCAGGAGGCCCUCGAUCUGCAGAGGAAGCAGGCACUGGCGGAGAGCCCCUGCAAGAGCGGUAUCUCGUCGGUGAAGUUUGCAGUGUCGCAUUAUACGGCCAGUUUCGCGGGUAUUCAGGAUGCAGAGGCCAAACUAUCCCCGAGACAUCCCUAUGAGCCAGUGCCCGAGCCAGCGAGGAAGGCUGUGAGAGAGACCAUGGCAGACGCGGCGGAUAUUGAGAAGAGUCUCAUGAAGUAG